AUAGUUCUGAGACAGAUGCAGAGUGGGAUAAUGAUCUCCACUUAAAAGACUUGUUGGAAACAUGUGGGAUAUGUUUAUCAUAAGGAGAUCUGGGGUUCCUACACAUCAUAUAUUUAAAGUACACCCCUACCAAAACCCCUGGGAACUUUACCCCUCCGAGAGCUACAAUUCCCAGCCAAACUACAGUGUCCAGUUUUUACUUUUGUGGGGUAGAGGGAGAGAAGAGAAAUCUGUUUUAAAUGUAUGGUGUGUACACGGCCAAAUUGUGAAGAAGCAGACUUCAGACAAAGGCACUGUGCCGUCUUUUUGAGUAAUGUGUGUGUGUUUAUACAACCUUGUCUUUCUGGAUCUUCUAGUUGUGGGCAUGACUUCUGGAGCCAUACCAGAGCCUUUAAAGUGUAAUAUUUAAGCUUUUCACUCCCUCCGUCUGAUUACCAAAAGUAACUGUCUGUAUCCUGAUCGCAUUUGUCGGGGCUAAACUUGGUUGUAGAUUGACCUGGUAUAGACAGGUAUUUCCCGUUUUGUUCCCGCCUCGCAGCCAACAAGAGAUUGCCCCAAAGCAGUCAAAGUUUGGAUUCUGCUGGCUUCGCCUGUCACUGGUAAAGCCUUGCAUUUCCAGCUUGUGCCUUCCUUAUGAGCCUUCCAAGCACGAGGUGGCUGAUGACUGUUCUUGGACCGAAGUCAUGGGUAUGCUGGCUAGAUUUUUAUCUCUCCGUUCUCACCCUGCCGUAUAUGAGGAGAGAAGAAGGAGGAGGAUUUGCUGUCUAAUUAGCAGCAUUCCUGAGACGUGACUGGGUGGUGCUGCAGCCCUGUUGCGUUUGCUGCAGUCAGCUGCUCAACAAUCCAAAAGUGUUCCAGGAACUUACUCUGUUCUGGGACUAUUUGAAGAGAGACACAGAUGGACUGGUGGUUGGUGUUUCUCUCGGAAGAGAAGAGCAAUUUGUACUCUGUAUAAAGGAAUAUGGAUAAAUUUGGAAAGCAUGGCAGGUCUGGAUUUGUUAGGACUCGCAUUCCUAGACCUCAGGUCCUACUGCAGCCAAUCCAGCCUUCUGGUCAUCCAGGUGUUUGCAGAAAUUGCGCUUGCAGAAUGAGCCGCUUUCCUCGGAAAAGUUCCUCGGAGCUGCUGCAGUCAGAAUGCAGGCAUUCCAGGGCAGAUUCCUCGAGCAACUUAGCAAUGGAUACUUUUUGGCUAGAGGUGGAGAGCAUCAAAGAGAGUACCGAAUGUGAGCCGGACGAAUGCAACCUUACGGAUGCCAAGCCCCCAGAAGCUGUUGAACUGCCCAUGAUAGAUGCUGUGUAACUGCUUUUGGAAACCUCAGAGGAAGGCCACCUAGGUA